CUGUUUGAUGAGUUCAGGAUCCCAUCAGAGUGAUUGCAUGCAGCUGUGCGGCUCCCUGCCUGGAACCAGGUCCUGGAAGGUCCUGGAUCAGCUCAGAUGGUUCUUCACUCAUGGACGAGUCUGCGUUGGAGCGAUACUUUGAUGACUCCAUUGCAAAUGACUCCGGCUUCAGUUUGGGGGAGGAGUUGGGCCUCCAGAGCCCCGCCCAUCCUGCACCCAGCGGGGAGCCGGGGGAGGAGCUUGACCUCAGCUUCCUACCUGAUGACCUCAGCACGCAGGACGAGGCGGGGCGUCACGAUGACACAGAGAGUCAGACUGCAGCUCUGGACGUGUCUCAGGACAGCGGCGUCUGUCUGGACUACAACUCUCAGGGUUCAACAGCAGCUGACCCCCAGCAGGGGUCGUCCGUGUCGGGGCUGGGGACCGGAGCCUCCCCCUUCUGUCCCAUGACCCCUAUGACCCCCAUGACCCCCAUGACACCCGUGACCGAGAGGUCAGGAAUCAUCCCACAGUUACAGAACAUCGUCUCCACGGUGAACCUUGGCUGUCCGCUGGAUCUGAAGUUUAUUGCCCUCCAGGCAAGAAACGCCGAGUACAACCCGAAGCGUUUUGCGGCGGUCAUCAUGAGGAUCCGCGAGCCGAGAACCACCGCGCUGAUCUUCAGCUCGGGGAAGAUGGUCUGUACAGGAGCCAAGAGCGAGGAGCAGUCGCGACUGGCGGCCAGGAAGUACGCUCGGGUGGUGCAGAAACUGGGUUUCCCCGCCCGCUUCCUGGACUUUAAGAUCCAGAACAUGGUGGCCAGCUGCGACGUGUGCUUCCCCAUCAGACUGGAAGGUCUGGUCCUGACACACCAACAGUUCAGCAGAUACGUAGAAAAGUUGGAGCGGCUGAAGACGCUGAAAGAAGAAAAGGAGCAGCUGCAGCAGAGAGUCACGCAGGCCAUGGACAGGAAGCUGCAGGCCGACGAGGUGAAGUGGAAGAUCAUGUCGUGUAAGAUGAAGAUCGAGCAGCUGAAGGAGGCGGUCGCCGGGAGCAACGAGGAGGUGACGAGCGAUAAGGACGUCCUCCUGCGCUCUCAGGAGGAGGGGCAGCGGCUGCAGCGCCGGGCCGGACGCCACCAGGAGAAACGGGACAAGAUCGAGCGUCACAACCGGCGGCUGGGCGAGCUGCUGGAGAGACGCAGCCGCGAGCUGCAGAGCAGACUGGGCCAGCUGGCGGCUCUGAGGCGAGACCACAUCCUGGAGCUGACCACCCACAUCUUCCCCACGCAGGAGGAGAAGCAGGGCAGCAGAGACCCCGCAGACGUGGUGGCGGAGUGCGACCCCGCGCUGACCUCCAGCACGGUGAGCGAGCUGGCCGAGGCUCGGAGGACCACCUACCUGUCGGGACGUUGGAUCUGGGACGACCAGAACGGAGAGACCAGCAUCAGCAUCACCGGACCGCCCGUCACGCUGCCCAGCAACGGGGACUGCUCCGCCUACUACAGCUGGGUGGAGGAGAAGAGCACCAAUCAGGGCCCAGAGUUGGACCACAUCAACCCGGCCCACACCAUCAGCGCCGCGCUCUGCUACGCCACGCAGCUCGCCACCAUCCUGUCUCACAUCCUGGACGUCAACCUGCCCAAGAGGCUCUGCAACAGCGAGUUCUGCGGAGAGAACCUGAGCCGGUACCGCUUCACCAGAGCUCUGAGCAAACUCAACACCAACAUCCUGCAUCUCUGCUUCUCACAGGUCAGACAAACACCCGCACACAGGAACGAGACUCGGUGCUCAGCUGGGUUUUAGUUGAGGCCAGUAAAACUGAAGGACUGAAGAGAGUUUGUUGGGACAGUUACAGGUUCAGAAGUCUGUCUGCAGGAACCUGAAAGUAUCUUUUAAAGGCACUGAACACAUUUAAGCUCUCGUCUGUUAUUCCUGUUUUGCUGAUUUCCUCCCACUGGGGGGCGUGGCACUGUUUGAAAAGGUCAUGUCAGUCAAGCAAUGACGGUAUAAAAGAUGUAGCUGCAGGGACGUCCCCUGUUGGUUUGUGGGCUCCCGUUUUAAAGCCUCCAGUUUGGCAUUUUGGAGCUAGCUAGUUUGGUUAGCUGGGAUGCUAAUUUUAGCUAGCAAACAGGCUUAAAACUAAAUGUACUUCCUGGAAAAAUGAGCUGCCGACUCCUGAUGAGCUUUUCCAGGUUAAAUGUACACAGAGCAGCGGAUAUGAGCGGCCAUGGUA